AUGCAUCAGGGACAUGGUGCUAUCCAAGGACCCCUCAGCCCAGCACAUGUGUGGCGGCAGCCUCCCCGCCUUCUCAUUGUGGAUGCUGCCCUCCCCUCCUGGGCCAGGGUCUGCUCCAAUCUCUGUGAGGCUCUGCAGAAUUUCUUCUCUCUCGCCUGCAGCCUGGGAGGCCCUAUCCGCAUGCCCUUGUUCAGCAUGUAUGUGGUUCAGAGUCAGCAUGAAUGCAUCCUUCCUUUUGUGCAGGUGAAAGGGAACUUUGUCCGGCUACAGGCCUGCAUCUCGGAGUUGCGCCUGCUGCCAAGAGAAGGGAUUUGCCAAGCCCAGAGAUCCUGUCUGAAUCUGGCGGUGCAGGAUGGGCUCCAGCAGUUCAAACAGUACAGCAGGCAUGUGAUGGCGAGCACAGCUCCAAGAAGCCCUUCAGUGGAGAUCACAGUUCUGACUUGCCAGUCGGGGAAAGAGAUUGUUAAACAGCUAGAGGGAGAGUUGCAAGACACAGACAUGGUGAGCCUCCGGAGACUGCAAGUCACUGAGAUCUCAAAGGGAGAUGUCCUGGAGUCGAAGGACUCACCAUGGCACAGCCAAGCCCCUAUUGAAGAGCUUAGCCCCGAUGAGUGUUCCAUCCUGGGAACUGACAUUGACCUUCAGAUCAUCGAAAAUGACCCUGUGAGCAUAGAGAGUUUCUUCAAAGCUUGGCUACAAGACAAUGGGACAGACCAAGAGCACCUCCAUCUCCUUCUUCCUUCACAGUGUUUCAGCAACUUCUCCAGUCCCAGAGCAGAACCAAUGUGUCUGAAAUGUGAUCUUCAAGAGCGGCUUCUUAACCCAGCCCUCCUCCCUGGCACAGCAGAGAGCCCCAGAGGAGACCUCAGCUCAUUCUACCAGAUGGCCCCUCAGUCAGCAGCAUCAUGUUACCGACUCCGAGUGAUCAAGGCUCUAGAAUCCAGGGGAGUCUGCGAGUCGGUGACAUAUGGACUGCCACUCAUCAUCAGGCCAACAAGUUGUUGGCAGCUGGACUGGGAUGAGCUAGAGACAAACCAGCAACAUUUCCAUGCUUUGUGUCACAGCCUGCAGAAAAGAGACUGGCUGCUAUUGGCCAAAAGAGAGCCUUCAAGCCCAGGACCCAGCCAGAAUGGUCACACCAGCACCUUCUACAUCAUCUUCCCAUCCAGUUCUCUCACAAUGCUUGUCAAGGCAGUGGCCACGUGUGAGCUGCUGCUUCCCAGCUCCUUCCCUCUGCCUCCUGAGGACCCGCCUGAGCACAUCCUUAGGAGAGUGGAGAACACCCUGGACAGCCUAGAGGUCCAGUCUACCUAUAAUCCCCUGCAGAUUAAGGGCCAUCUAUAUGAACACCUGAGAAGCAUCUUGUCCAAGCCCCAGGGGCUACUGGCUCCAGGGCACGAGCUCCGCCCCCCCAGACAGGUUGGAAGACUGCACCCAAACCGAGCCCGAGCUACAGUGUCCCCUCUGCCCCUGGUGCCAACCCUGGCUCCCUCGAGGGCCCAAAAGAUGCCAGCAGCUAAAAAGGCAUCCUUGGAGCCAGCACUGUUGCUUUCAGAUGAUGAACAAUUUUUCUGAGAGAUUCAGAUUACCUCAGCCCCACUCAUGGCAAAACCCCCAAAGGAUCUGGGCAAGCGUGUGCCCAGGCCCACCCAUCCUUCUCCCACACAAAGACUUGUAUAUGUGUCUAACUCUCAUGUACUAGAGGUGGGGGGGGGGCAGAAUCUGUGCUUCUGUCCCACUCUGUAUUCAGGAUGUUAGCUCAGGGCUAGGAUUGUGUCAGUAGCUAGAAGUGACAGGGACCUCUCCUGGCAGGACCCCGUGUCACCCCAGCAGUGCCAAGGAAUGCACUUGAUGGCA